AUGCACCAAAAAAGAGGACAAAAUGAUCCCCGAAGUAAUUAUCACUCCGGAGCCAACAUCUCUCAAAAAAAAAAGCUGAAGGGCAACAACCAAAUGAUUAAAAUCAACAGAAUACAGGCAAAUUUCCAAACCACCCCCAACUACACUAACUAUAGCAGCUCAGGAACAGAAGGGAUCAACACACCAAUAAGAGACUCCACCCUAACAUUCCAGAACCAACGAGCAAUCUGGACCCCCUCCAAUACCUCACGGCUACCAAAGGAAAAAGGAUCCCCCAAGAUAAGCCGAAAGGAAAAAACCCAGCAAAUCACCGCAAAUUCCAACAAAAAGAAUCCGAACAUAAAAGAUAGGGGAGUGAAGAAGUCUACCAAAAAGCCAAGGAGAAAAGAAUGUCAACAACUGUAA